AAUUCUUAAAAAAAUUAUUAAUUUGAUAAAAAAUUGAAUGAUCAAGAGACUUUCAUAAAGUUAUAUAUAGCAAUAAACAUUAUAUUUCAGUUUGCAAUUAAAACUAGCAUUUAAGUAAAAAAACAAAUUUUUGAAAAAGAUAUGAGAUCAUCAACGACAUCCUUAAAUGGAAAUAUAGACAAUAUGGUUAUGAACAGAUUUUCUACUUAAAAUAUUUUACCAAAAACAAAAAAUACACAGACUAAGCAUGCAGAAGAAAUUAACUUUAACUAUACUCCUAAUAGCUAAGAUGUUAAUAAAAAUAAUUUAAAGAUACUAAAAAAUAAAAGAGCUAUUGAGCAAAUAACAAAGAAUAAAUCAAAUGAUGACAGAAAAAGACUUUCAAAAUUUGAAGGGGAGAACUUACAUCCUUCAAGCGAAAUUCACUCUAAAAAAGCAAUGGUUCAAUAUGAAAGCACAAGUAAAAAUUACAAUAACGAAGAACUCUAAGCAUUCAAUCCAACUAUGCCAAUUAGAGGUUCUUAUAGGAUAAUGAAUGAAAAUACACUACCUCAAAUUCCCCCUAAGCAAAGAGGCUCGCAACAAGAUAUUUAAAAAAAAAAAUCAAAAAAGGUUACUAUUAAUACUGAUGAUGUUAAAAUUUAACAUAUAUAAAAAGAAAAUAUUUUAAAUAUUUCAAGCAAACAAACACAAGAAAAGUUAACUGAUAAAAAAAACAUAUCAGAUAUUAGCAAUGAUAUAUAAAGUAGUAAUUUUUAUUAAAAUAUGGAAACCAAUGCUGAAAAAUAGUCAAGGAUAGAUGGCCAGGUAAAGAGAUACAUGGAGAAAAUAGGGCUUAAGAAAAAAGAUAAAUUUCCUGUAUUUUAUACUUUAGAUGAAAAUGGAAACGAGGUAAAGACGAGCCUUUCAAAUCCUUAAAUGUAUUAAAAAUUCACCAAUCAAUAAUAACCCUACCUUUUGCAAUAAAAGAAUAAUACUAUCAGCCAAAAGCAGACUAACCAUAUGAAUGAAACAAAAUAAAAAAAACUCAGCAGAGCUGGUUAAUCUGAAGAUAAAUUACCAACAUAAAAUGAAAAUUUGGACGAUAUCAUUAAAAUAUGCUCAGAAUUUUAAAAAACUAUUUCAAAUUUCGACAAAAAGAACUAAAAAAGUGCAAGAAGGAAUUAAAAUGAAUUUAGAAAAUUAAGUAACCACAUGAAAUAAAUAGACAUUUAAAAUUUAAUAAUUUAAGAAUCUGAUGACCCUGCUCUUUAGCCAUACUUUUAAAACUUAAAAUAAUCUGGUAGAAUUAAAGAGCCAAGGAUUAAAGAUUUAUUAGACUCUUGA